AUGUUCGCAUCGCUGGCGCGCUGGUCGCGGACGACGUACCGUGGCGCGCGCGGCUCGGGACCGGGGCGCUCUGGCAAGACCGAUGCGCGCUCGUCGCCGGCCUCGCGUCCCACGGAUGUCGCUGCGGCGCACGCUGGCCAUACCUUCAAGCGUGCACAGCGAGGCCUGUACGACGGCAAGAUUCUGCAGUUCGGCAACUCGAUCCCAAACUCGCGACACAAGACGGGCAGGCGAUGGGUUCCGAAUGUACAGUCCAAAUCCCUGUGGAGCGAGACGCUGCAAGCGUGGAUCAGCACUCGCGUGGCUGCAUCGGCACUGCGAUCCAUUGAAAAGCACGGCGGCUUGGACCAGUACUUGGCCAAGACCAAAGGCACGCAUCUCGGCGACUUUGGCCGUACAUUGCGUGAACGUGUAGCACGCGCGCUGCGCGGAAAACGUAUUGGCGAAUGA